CGACCGACCACGUGACCAUCGUUUCUUCGCCGCCUCUAACAUCUUCUGUCGUCAGGAUCGUGCUACAACAAUGGACAUCACCACGGCCAAUCUCUUCACUCAAGGGUUUGAUACCCUCGAUUCUCCCGGGUUCGCACAUCCACCAUUACGAGGCUUGGACGAAAUUCUGAGGGUUCAUGGUUGUUGUAUUACCUUCAGCCGCUAGGACAGAUUAUGCAGAUGCUCUCAGACCCCAUCGUCACAAAUUAAACCCAAUGUUCGUACCUAUACUCGACCAAUUGCAGUAUAUUAUGGCAAAGGUUGACGAGCUGUCACUCUUGUCGGGAAAGGACGGGAAUACUGCUGAAGGGGAGGGAAAGAAAGCCAUAUUCGAGGUUUUUUUGGACAAAGGAAGAGAAAGCGAGGAGUCGAAGGAGAGUCCUUGGAUUGUGCCAAAAUCUCAGAUUGUCGACGAAUGCGCUAGCAUGCAAUUCGCGGGGAGCGACACCGUUGGGAAUGCGUUUAUGGUUGCAACGUUCCACUUGUUGAAAAGCCGACUGGCAUUGAUUAAAUUGCGGAGAGAAUUGGAUGGCUUAGAGGAAGAGAAGGUGAAUUUCGAGGCGUUGGAGAAGUUACCAUAUCUGACUGCCGUGAUUAAGGAAUCUCUGCGACUAUCUCAUGGGGUGGCAUCUUCCCUUCCGAGGGUCGUUGGUUCCUCUGGCUCUACUAUAGCCGGCCCGCAUGUACCACCUGGAACCGUAGUUUCGUGUGCUUCCUAUGUCGUCCAUACGAAUCCUUCCAUUUUCCCUGACUCGCAUGAAUUCAUACCUGAACGAUGGUUAGAUAACCGAGAGUUGGAAAAAUACCUUGUUGCGUUCUCCCAAGGCACUAGGUUAUGCUUGGGCAUCAAUCUCACGUGGUGUGAGCUAUACCUAUUAUUUGGCAAUAUAUUCCGGUAACUGGACCUCGAGAUAUAUGACACAGCCGAAGAUGAUCUCAAGUUCGGUGAUUAUUUUUUGCCUUUAUAUACAGGAAAACACUUCAGAGCAUUUGUGAAGCCGCGAACAGUCUGACCCAUAUUUGUGUGAUAAUAGUAUUCCUGGAAUGAGGCCAUUUCUUAUGUUGAGCGAUUCCUCGACCGUAGGAAUGGCAUAAUCUCACUUCGCCCGGGUCUCCGGUAACAGUAACUUUGUGUGCUAUCGUGUACUCGGCAAGCGCAUUUAACAGAACCGCCUGGAAUGCGUCGAGAUGGCAGAAAAACUCAUCUGCGUUGCCAGUCCUCUACAUACUCUGGAUUUCAGGUGUACGGUGCUUGCAACUUAUCGACGUUCGACGUGAACGCGAUUCCGAGUACUAGAGUGGGUUCGGAAGUCCUCAAGCGGCACCUUUACCCCCCCCCGACCACCAUCUCCCUGUUUUUACCGUUUGUCGGUGAACUUUAAGCUCCA